AAAUGGGAACAAGUGAGAUGUUAGUCAACCUCAACUAUUCAUCUCUAGAGGAGUUUUACCCAACAUGUGCUAUUGCCAUGCUUAUGAAGGUGAUCAAGGACCCUACCUUGGGUCAGCACCACAAUGAAGUGGUCAGGGCUGUGACCUUCAUCUUCAAAUCCCUAGGGGUGAAAGGAGUGCCUUACUUGGCUCAGGUUAUCCCCUCGCUGCUCUAUGUCAUCAGGACUGCAGACGCAAAUUUCCGAGAUUAUUUGUUCCAGCAGUUGGCGACUCUGAUUGGCAUUGUAAAACAGCAUAUUAGAAACUAUUUAGAUGAUAUUAUUGAAGUUUUAAAAGAAUUCUGGGUGACUGGUGGAAAGCUAGAGACAACAAUAACAAUUAUUACAGUUGUUGAAAGCAUUGCAUUAGCAGUUGGCUCAGAGUUCAAGAUCUAUCUCAAAGAACUCGUUCCCAUGAUCCUAAAGUCUUGUAUCAAUGACUCUAAGGAAAAGCAAGUGACUGGCAAGCUCCUGUUAGCCUUCCAGAAGUUUGGAGCCACACUAGAGGAAUUUCUGCACAUGAUACUUCCCCACAUUGUGAAGCUGUUCGAUGCCAGCGAUGUUCCUCUGUCUGUUCGUCGCACAGCCCUUGAGACAGUUGAUCACUUUGCAGAUUACCUUGACCUCUCUGAUUAUACCUCAAAGAUCAUUCAUCCCUUGCUCAGAACUCUAGACACUUGUCCAGAGCUCCGAGAUCAAGCCAUGGAAGUGCUGUGUGCCCUGGCGACUCAGUUGGGCAGGUCAUAUGAGUGCUUCAUCCCCAUCGUUUACCGCAUAACCACCAAACACAAGAUCCACCAUCCCAGAUAUGACAUCCUGGUGGCGAAGGUAGUAAGGGGUUUAACAGUCUCUGAUGAUGAGAUGACAAUCAUAACAGCUCACCAACGUGCCAGACGACCUAGGUCAAGAGAUCAUCAGUUAGAAGCUGAUUCUACAACCAUCAAAAAACAUACAGUAGGGGUGCAGUCACUCCAGAAAGCAUGGCUAUUCACCAGGCUUGUGAGCAAGGACGACUGGCUGGAAUGGCUUCGGAGAUUCAGCAUUGAAUUGAUGAAGGCUUCUCCGUCUCCAGCCCUAAGAUCUUGUUACUCAGUUGCCACAACAUAUGUGCAGCUCUCCCGCGAUCUCUUCAAUGCCGCUUUUGUCUCUUGCUGGAGUGAAUUGAAUGAGUCUCUCCAGGAUGACCUUCUUCAGUCCCUGCGGCAAGCUCUAACCUCCCAAGACAUACCUGAAAUCACACAAACCCUCCUCAAUCUUGCAGAGUUCAUGGAACAUUGUGACAAGGGUCCAUUGCCAUUAGAACUUCAGCUCUUAGGAGAGAAGGCCAUGGAGUGUCGUGCUUAUGCAAAGGCACUUCAUUACAAAGAAGAGGAAUUCCACAAGGGACCAACGUCAGAGGUUCUGGAACACCUGAUAUCCAUCAACAAUAAACUGGGGCAGAAGGAGGCUGCAGCAGGUCUCUUGGAGUAUGCUCGUAAGAACAAUCGCACAGAUAUGAAAGUGCAAGAAAGAUGGCAUGAAAAAUUGCACGACUGGGACCAGGCUCUGCAGGCUUAUCAGACAAAGCUAGAGACACGACCUGAUGACCUGGAACUCACCCUGGGUCAGAUGAGGUGUCUGGAGGCCCUUGGAGAAUGGGGUGAGCUGUACAGUGUAUCCUGCGAGUGGUGGAGCAGUUCCAUGAACGACGAGUGCCGUGCACAGAUGGCCCGAGUGGCAGCAGCAUCAGCCUGGGCCAUGGGGCAGUGGACAUCCAUGGAGGAAUACACCAAGUUCAUUCCUCGAGACACACAGGAGGGAGCCUUCUACAGGGCUGUCCUCUCGGUGCAUAAAGAUCAGUACCAGGUUGCUCAGCAGUUAAUUGAUUCUGCAAGAGAUCUUCUUGACACUGAGCUGACAGCCAUGGUUGGUGAGAGUUAUCAGCGAGCAUACAAUGCCAUGGUGGCUGUGCAGAUGUUAGCAGAACUAGAAGAAGUCAUUCAAUAUAAACUGGUCCCAGAGAGAAGGCAACCCAUCACACAAAUCUGGUGGGAAAGACUGCAGGGAUGCCAACGGGUGGUAGAGGACUGGCAGAAGAUCCUUCAGGUCCGUUCACUUGUCCUCAGUCCACAGGAAGACAUGAGACCUUGGCUGAAGUUUGCCUCACUCUGCCGCAAGUCUGGGCGGCUCACUCUCUCUCACAAGACCUUAGUGAGGCUCCUGGGCUGCGAUCCGUCCACAAACACCCAGCAAGUUCUCCCAGCUACUCACCCUCGUGUGACGUACCAGUACUGCAAGCACAUCUACACUUAUCCCAACAGACGUCAUGAAGCUUAUGGGCACCUUCAAAGUUUUCUUCAGUACAUUGCCCCAGCUGUGGUUGUUGGUGGUUGUCACAACAAUGACAACAAAUUGCGUGAGCUGGUAUCCCGUGUCUACCUCAAGCUAGGAGAAUGGUAUGAGCAACUGCAUGGCCUUAAUGAAGACAACAUAAACACAAUCCUGACGUAUUAUACGCAUGCAAAAGACACAGACAAGUCAUGCUAUAAGGCUUGGCACGCUUAUGCGUAUAUGAACUUUGAGGCAAUACUUUUCUACAAGAACAAGGCAGAUUCUGGGAAAACAGAAAAUGGCGAUGAUACCAGCACACCAAGCAAAAAGAAGCAGAAAUCUGCAGGGGACUUCACCAUAGCGGCCGUCAAAGGUUUCAUCCGAUCAAUCUCCUUGAGUGAUGGCAACAGCCUUCAAGACACACUGCGUCUCCUUACGGUCUGGUUUGAACAUGGCCACCAAUCUGGAGUCUACGAAGCCUUGGUGGAUGGACUCAAGACGAUCCAGAUUGAUACUUGGUUGCAGGUAAUCCCUCAGCUGAUUGCUCGCAUUGAUACCCCUCGAACACUAGUAGGAAAGCUGAUUCACCAGCUUCUCAUGGAUAUUGGCAAACAUCAUCCACAGGCUCUUAUCUACCCCUUGACUGUGGCUGCAAAGUCUUCUGUUGUGGCGCGCUCACAGGCAGCAGAGAAGAUUCUCAAGAACAUGCGUGAACAUUCUGCAAAUCUAGUCCAACAGGCCAUGAUGGUAUCAGAGGAGCUCAUCAGAGUAGCAAUCCUGUGGCAUGAGAUAUGGCAUGAGGGUCUAGAAGAGGCUAGUCGACUGUACUUCGGAGAGCGCAACGAGUCUGGGAUGUUCCGCACACUGGAGCCUUUGCAUGCCAUGAUGGAACGUGGUCCACAAACACUCAAGGAAAUGUCCUUUAGCCAGGCAUAUGGUCCUGACUUGCGAGAUGCACAGGAGUGGUGUCGUCGUUACCAGCGGACAGGAAAUGUGCGUGAAUUGAACCAGGCUUGGGACUUAUACUAUCACGUGUUCCGCCGUAUCUCUCGUCAGUUACCCCAACUAACAUCUCUGGAGCUCCAGUCAGUCUCUCCAAGACUCCUCAAGUGCCGGGACCUGGAUAUUGCUGUGCCAGGAUCCUAUGCUCCAAACUCCCCUGUCAUCUGUAUCAGUCAAGUCCAAUCAUCUCUGCAAGUCCUUACCUCAAAACAGAGACCACGGAAACUCUGCAUCCGAGGCAGCAACGGUAGGGAUAUUGUCUUCUUGCUGAAGGGCCAUGAGGAUCUGAGGCAGGAUGAGAGGGUUAUGCAGUUAUUCGGUCUGGUCAAUACUCUUCUGAUCAGCAACCCCGAUACCUUCCGCCGCAAUCUUACCAUUCAGAGAUUCGCUGUCAUUCCAUUAUCUACCAACUCAGGUCUCAUUGGCUGGGUGCCCCACUGUGAUACGCUUCAUGCCCUCAUCCGAGACUGGCGUGAAAAGAAGAAGAUCCUCUUGAACAUUGAGCACAGGAUUAUGAUGCGAAUGGCCCAGGAUCUGGAACACCUCACACUCAUGCAGAAAGUAGAGGUCUUCGAACAUGCACUUGAGCACACACAAGGAGAUGACCUCGCACGCCUCCUGUGGUUCAAGAGCCCCUCCUCAGAAGUGUGGUUUGACCGUCGUACAAACUACACACGUUCACUGGCAGUGAUGUCUAUGGUUGGCUAUGUCCUGGGUCUAGGUGACCGUCAUCCAUCCAACCUCAUGUUGGACCAGCUGUCAGGAAAGAUUAUUCAUAUUGACUUUGGUGACUGCUUUGAAGUUGCCAUGACCCGUGAGAAAUUCCCGGAAAAGAUCCCCUUCCGUUUAACUCGUAUGCUUAUAAAUGCCAUGGAGGUGACUGGAAUAGAUGGUACUUACCGCAUGACUUGUGAGUCUGUCAUGAGCCUCAUUAGACGAAACAAAGAUUCUCUCAUGGCUAUGCUUGAAGCCUUUGUAUAUGAUCCUCUGCUGAAUUGGCGUCUGAUGGAUCAUGCUCAGCCAAAGAGUAAACGCUCAGUGGUUGGGGAAACCGUCAGUGGGGGUGGUGUAGCAGCAACAGACACAGGACACACCCCAAUAAUGGAAGCAGCCUCUACAUCAUCAGGGGCUCCAGCAGGUUCUCAGACCAAGAAAUUGGAGGUCAGAGAAGACUCUGGGGCAUCAGAAGCACUCAACAAGAAAGCAGUAGCAAUUGUCAAUCGCGUUCGUGACAAACUGACUGGUAGAGACUUCAACAAUGAUGAACCGCUUGAUGUACAUAAACAGGUAGAGCUGCUUAUUGCUCAGGCCACAUCCCAUGAAAACCUGUGCCAAUGCUAUAUUGGAUGGUGUCCAUUCUGGUAGAAGUUCACAUGUAUUAUGUUUUUUGAGGGAAGUUCUGUUGGACUAUAUAUAUCCAUUGUAAUUUGUGGCAUUGAUAAGGUCAAAAUACACUUGUCCAUAACAAAGAUGGUGUAAAACACUUCAUUGACUAAGUUUUCGUAAACCAAUUUUAUACAUUUUUAGUUUUAAAUGUUACAUCAGGCUAAUGAACUGCCUUUGAUUAUUGUUUCGAUUUUUUCACUUUAUGAAAAAUUCAUAUCAGAAUCCAAAGGAUGCUAAAACUCAUUUGCUAUAUGAAUACAUGGCAGUAGAAGGACCCAGUUUUAAUUUAUAAAAUUAAGACAACUAGAAGAGAAGAUAUUUGUUUUCUCUGUCUUUGUUUGUGAUUACAAAUGCUAUAAAGUUUACAAAUAGUAAUACUUUUUCAGUGCAAUUUAGCAUUCAUCAAAUUGCUUUACUCUUAGAUUACUGUUCUUAGUUAGAGAUUUAUAGAGUAGUAUAUGCUGUCUCAUUUGUGAAUAUUAGUUAUUUCUUCAGUGCAAAACAUUCGUGAUAAGAAGGAUUUUAAGGGUGGAACAAAAGCUAAUGGAAACCGAUCAUAUCGGCAUUCGUCAAUCGGAAUAACAGGGAAGCAUGGCUGACUGUUAAGCCAAUACUAUUUUAAUAUUUUUUUUAUCAUUAUUUUACCAUUUGUUCAUAUGUUAGACUCGGCUGCUAAAGAACUUUUGUACAUAAUUAUCAAUUACACACUGAUCCUGUUUUGCUCCUGCGACUCCCCUGUUUGGGGCGGAGGUUCCCAUGUGGGACUUAAUUCGCCUGACUGGAAGCCAUCCGAACUAAAACCGUGGUCAGGCCAGGGAUUCGAACACGCCCUCUGCACUGGGAUUGAGAACAUCGUCCCACUGAAGCGUUGCAGCGGCAUUGAUUAUAUACGCAACAAAAGGUAAAAACAAGAGAGAUGCUGCUGGAAGUAACCGUUAAAAGUGGAAAUUCUAUGAAAAUAAAACAGAAACAUGAUUCUA